AUGGCAAACAGCCUUGACGGAUGGAAAUUCACAACGCAGCUUACGAACUUUCAGUGCGAUGAUACUCUCCUGUACGGAUGUGAUCCUGCUGGGAGCGCUUGUGCACGAGACCCUCAGACGGUCCGAACAUUCUGCUGCGACCAGACCGAUGUUUGUUGGGCCGACAUAGCUGUCGCGGAUAGUACAACAUUCAAAUGUCAAGGAAAGACUGCAACAUGGGAUUGCAUCGCUGGAAGGGAGCGGUGCGAUCAAUCUCGAGAUAACGCAUGCUUGAGUACGCUGAACAACUUGCUGAAUGACAUCAGUCGAUCGACUCUCAACGAGACUUACACGUCACUCAGCCUUGCACAACCAUCAGCUACCUAUUUGUAUUUCGAUGCGGUUGCUCUAGCUGCAGUUGCCUCUUCGAUUUCAACUUCCUCCAUGACUUCGGCCACAUCGACUCCGACCACCCAGAGCACCUCAACAACAAGCGCUCAAGAUACCAUAAGUCAAAGCGCUUUUUCCACAUCUUCGAGUGCUACGACAAACACCGCCAUAGCUGGGGAGGCAAGUAACACAAGCACACCACAAGUGAAUCACAACAAUGGAUUGAGCGGUGGUGCAAUUGGUGGUAUCGUGGUCGGUGGCGUGGCUGGAAUUUCAGUCCUAGUGCUGGGUAUCUGGUUCCUCGCAAGAAGGCGCAGACAGGGGCGGCAUUCAACCACUGUGACCCAUGAUACCAAGACCGAUACGGGCAUUCCAGAGCAGCAGCCCGUUCAACCGCCGCCAGAGUUGGCUACAGGCCAUAUGGCAGCAGAGCUGAGGGGAACACCAUACGUUCCAGAGCUUCCGGCGUAUGAGAGCCAUAGAACCUGA